UCGGGUUUUUUAGGGCCGUCAUCCCAACCAUCGCUUGUUAAGCCAACAGCAAGGGGUAGGGGCCGAGGGUGGGAAAGACCUUCUCAUCGCCGCCUCCUCUCUGUUACCGUUGAGAUGGACGCCGGUGGAUUGGACUCCGACGGUCGGGGAUUCUCGAGUGCCAAGGAGAUGUGGAGAGAAGAAAUCGGCAUCGGCGAAGCCAAAGACGGCAGCAAACGCCAUGAAUGGUACCGGAAAGGCAUCGCCUACUGGCAGGCCGUGGAAGCUUCUGUGGACGGGGUCUUGGGAGGCUACGGUCAUGUCAACGAGGCCGACGUGAAGGGCAGCGCGGCUUUUCUCAAUACCCUCUUGCCCAAUCGGUUUGGAACGGAAAGGCGGCAUCUUGUAGCUCUUGAUUGUGGUUCUGGCAUUGGGAGGGUCACAAAGAAUCUUCUUCUAAGAUUUUUUAAUGAGGUUGAUCUUGUUGAGCCAGUGUCACAUUUUCUAGAGUCUGCUCGGGAAAAUUUAGCUCUUGAUGGGGAUUCUGAAAAUGAUGCUCACAAGGCUGUAAAUUUUUAUUGUGUCCCUCUUCAGGUUAUAUUUUUUCUUUUGCAUAUAGUGAUUCAAUUUUGUGUGUUUGUGAUUUUGCCUUGGAAAAUCAAUUGUUUGUUUGUACAGGAAUUCACUCCAGAAGUUGGCAGAUAUGAUGUGAUAUGGAUCCAGUGGUGUAUAGGACAGCUUCCAGAUGAUGAUUUUAUCUCAUUUUUUAAGCGAGCAAAGGCUGGCCUCAAACCUAAUGGGCUUUUUGUCGUCAAGGAGAAUAUUGCAAGCAAUGGAUUUGUAUUGGAUAAGGAGGAUCAUAGCAUCACCAGAUCUGAUUUAUACUUUAAACAGCUUUUCAACCAAUGUGGACUCUACAUCUACAGCACAAAGGAUCAAAAGGGUUUCCCGGAGGAGAUAUUCGCUGUGAAGAUGUAUGCGUUGGUAACCGAAAAGCCAAAAGGUGUUAGCAAUGGCAGAUCCAAGAGGCAGCGACAUAAGCCUGCUUUGAUAAAGUCUUGAAAGUGCAGAAAACGCAGGGGUCAUGCAGAGUUGGGAGUCUAAUUGUGCAAGUUUCUGCCUGUCUUUCAUCUGCUGGCUGUUUUGCACGAUAAUGUAUCUUUAAUAUCAUUUAGGAUGUUAGAUAAAUUAGUGUUGAGUUCCUCAAUUGAUAUGACAGAGCUUCAGUGCAUCAGAAAGCACAUCUUGUUGGCAGUCAGGGAUGUAAAUUGUCGUUUUUAAGUCUCAGCUAUCAAAUCUGAAGAUUGCUUCAUAUUGAUCCAAUGGGCUGAAGUCCUGUUGAGGUCAUGGUUGAAUAGCUGGUGAGAUAGCAUCCUAUUUAGGAAUCUUGGUGAUCUAAUUAAAAAAGUUAGUUUUUAUCAUGAUCAUGAUCCAACAUUAUGAAGUUUCUGAAAUUAUUCAUUAAGAAGUACUUUCACAUGGA